AUGUGUAUGGGUCACAAAAAUUAGAACAAGAUGCGUUGCUCUGACCUCAUACCAGGAAUCCGCGAACGAAGCGAGUCGUACAUGUCAGGGCGAUCUUUUUGGAAAGGCGUGGGUAAUCAAUAAAUAAAUACAAUGCUGAUCAGGAAAACGUGUAAAGUUGGACCAUUAAAACCGAUACUGAAAUAAAACUUUGUCACUGAGAAGAUCGCCAAAAAAAAAAGCAGGAAGAAGCCAACACUCACAGCGGAUCUGUGAACCUAUAGCACUGUCAGCGGAUCUUGUGAGAUGUAAUUCUGUACCUGGGCCAUGAACAAGCCCCGCGUGACCACACCUCAUUCCCAGUUAUAAGAUGGAGCAGUGUCAGGUACCAGCAGACGUGAAAGGGACGAAAUCCAAACAGAGCACAAAAAUUUUGAAGAAAAUGAAGAAAAAUUUAAGACCCAACAGAUCCACGGCACAGAGUGACAGAGACGUGACCCAAUCAGAAACCAAUGAAGACCAUGGGGAGGAGACCAACAUGCAAAAGGACAGUCUCACUGCAGACCGUGAACUCUCAGCCAGCAAUGACAGUCUCUCUGACAUCAGCAACGUAGAGGGCUCAGAAAUUUUGAAAAAAAUGAAGAAAAAUUUAAGACCCCUCCGAUCUACAGCGCAGGUUGGCAGGGAAGUGAACCAAUCAGAGGGUGCUGAGGAUUAUGGGGAGAAGACUGAAACCCGACAGGACAGUCUUUCUACUCACAGGGAACUCUCAGCCAGCAACGACAGCCUUUCUGACAACACAAAGAGGCCCGGAAUUUUGAAGGAAAUGAAGAAAAAGUUACGACCCAUCAGAUCUACAGCACAGAGUGACAGAGAAGCGAGCCAAUCAGAGAGCACUGAGGACCAUGGGGAGGAGACCAACACCCAAAAGGUCUGUAUGAGAGAAGACAGUCUUACUGCAUACAGUGAACUCUCAGCCAGCAAAGACAGUCUCUCCGAUAUUAGCAACUUAGAGGGUCCAGGAAUUUUGAUGAAAAUGAAGAACAAUUUAAGACCCGUCAGAUCUACAGCACAGGGUGGCAGGGAAGUGAACCAAACAGAGGGUACUGAGGAUUUUAGGGAGAAGACUGAAACCCGACAGAUCAGCUCUGAUACCGACAGCGUGGACCCCCCACAGACACACAGCAGCACAGAGACAGAGCUGGAGGCCCCCGACAACACACAGAAAAAAGGGGGGAAACUUGCUGGGAUUUUCCGAAAAUCCCCCAAACUCGCAGAGCGCAGUCUACCGUCGCAGGAAAAUGAAUCUACACCCACUGAGCUCUCAGCCAGCAACGACAGUCUCCCAGAAGUCAGUACUAAGGAAAAAGGCGACAAGCUCACAGACUGGUUCAGAAGAGCCCCUAAACCCGCUGAACGCACGAGGCCUGCUCAGGAAAAUGAAUCCACACGCAGUGAACUCUCAGCCGACAGUGAGAGCGUCUUGGAUGUGAACACGAAGGAGAAAGGAGGAAUGUUCAGCGGGAUGUUCAGAACCAAAUCUCCCAAACCUGCAGAGAGCACUCCGUCGGCACAGGAAGAUGAAUCUCUACAGAGAGAACUCUCAGCCAGCAAUGACAGUCUCUCAGACAUCAACACAAAGGAGAAAGGAGGAAUCUUCGGUGGAAUGUUCAGGAAAUCUCCCAAAACGUCUAGAGAUCGUACACCUGCACAGGACAGUCUCUCUAUACACAGUGAACUCUCAGUCAGCAACGACAGUCUCUCCGACAACAACUCAAAGACAGCAAGAGAAUCAAGCCAAUUAGACAGCACUGAGAAUCACAAGGAGGAGACAGACAACCAAAAGGACAAAGUGUUUGGCGGGCUUCUCUGGAAGAUUCCUAAAGACAGGACCGCCACCUUCACAAGUUAUGUAACGGACAGUAACCUGGUUGAAGAGAAGGGCAGGCCUGACAAUAAACAGAUCAGCUUUGAUGCUGUCAGUGUGGACCCCCAACAGGCACACAGCACCACAGAGACGGAGCUGGAGGCCCCCGAUAACACACAGAAAAAAGGAGGGAAGCUCGCUGGACUUUUUCGAAAAUCCCCUAAACCUGCUGAGAGCACUCUACUAGCACAGGAAGAUGAAUCUAUACAGAGUGAACUCUCAGCCAGCAAUGACAGUCUCUCAGACAUCAACACAAAGGAGAAAGGAGGAAUCUUCAGUGGAAUGUUCAGAUCCAAAUCUCCCAAACGUUCUCGAGAUCCCACACUUGCACAGGACAAUCUGUCUGCACACAGUGAGCUCUCUGGCAGCAAAGACAGUCUUUCUGACGACAUACAGAUCAGCUUUGAUGCCAAUGAUGUGGGCCCCCCACAAACACACAGCACCACAGAGACAGAGCUCGAGGGCCCUGAUGACACACAGAAAAAAGGAGGGAAGCUCGCUGGACUUUUUCGAAAAUCCCCUAAACCUGCUGAGAGCGCUCUACUAGCACAGGAAGAUGAAUCUAUAGAGAGUGAACUCUCAGCCAGCAACACAAAUCUUUUAGACAUCAACACAAAGGAGAAAGGAGGAAUCUUCAGUGGAAUGUUCAGAUCCAAAUUUCCCAAAGGUUCUAAGGAUCCUACACCUGCACAGGUUUCCAUGGACACUGAGAGUGGAACCCUUGCAGGAGGAGAUGAAAAGAGGGAGGAGUCACGUAGGCCGAAGAGGAAGGUAUCAUUCAGAGUGACGAGAACUCUUCCUAGAACUCCAAAAAUUACCUUACUACCCCCAAUUCAGGACUCUGAGGAAGAGGAACUCUUGGAGAAGUCUUUUGAGAUGGUGGAACUGCCCUCAGUGCAGGAGAGCUCAGUGGAAGUUCAGAUGGUGGAGCUGGCACCUUUGCCAAGUGAAACAAAUCCCCUUGACACUACAGAGGACGAUGAUGGCUUACUGGAUUGGUGGAGAACAGUGGAAGGUUGGAACGAGUGGAAUGAAUCUUCAAACUUUAAAGAGGAUGAGGAAGAGCUGGCGAUCGAGCAGGCCGCUGACCGUGUGUACCUGGGAGCUCAGCUCUUCGUGCGCCUCUUCAACCAGCGGGGGGCGUCCUUGCAGAAGCGCAUCCUGGAGCUGCUGGAGCUGGCCGACGCGGCGGACAGCUUCCACAAGCGCGCCUUGAAAGCCAGCAUGGGCGGCCGGGUGGCCAGCGUGGUCGGGAGCGUGACCACCAUCACGGGCCUCAUCCUCGCCCCCUUCACCUUCGGCAGCUCCAUCAUCGUCACGGCCGUGGGCAUCGGCGUGGCGACCGCGGGCACCAUCACCUCCGCCUCGGCCCACAUCACGGACUCCGUCCACUUCACCCUGGACCGCAAGAAGGUGGAGAAGAUGAUCGAGGGCUACCAAGAGGAGGUAAAGGACAUCCGGGAAUGCAUGGAGUUCGUACAGCAAGGGAUGCAUACACUGCAAGGGUGGAACUUUGAGAAGUACACAGACAGCGUGGCAAAACGCGCCCUGAAUCGGAACAUUAAACACGUUGUGAAGGAAGGCGCUCGAGCAGGCAAGGCUCUAAUGAUCAACACAGACAGAUUGGUCAGCACCGUGCAAGUACUGAGUGUAGCAGGUGGUGCUGCCAAAGCCGCCCAGGCAAUCAGUGUCACCACUGGUGUCAUGUCAGCACUCUUCCUCGCUCUCGACAUCUUCUUCCUCGCCAAGGACUCUCAUGAUCUACGCAAGGGUGCCAAGACCAAAUUCGCAAAAAAGCUUCGUGAAGUGUGCAAGGAACUACAGGAUGGACUUCUAGAAUUGAACAAAGUCAAAACUGCCUUGCAGAAGACCAUGGAUGGCAUUGAAGUGGAAGAGGUUGAAGAGGAGGAGGAGGAGGAGGAGGAUGAAGAGGAUUUGGCCCUUAAGUCUGACCCAGCAAAAAUGGCCCAACUGGAGGAGGAGAUAAACCAGAUAGAACAGAAACUGGACCAGGAAGUUCUGGAGAAGAAAAAAGAGGGGGAGGGAGAGGGAAGAAAGGAGUCCAGAAGAAAUGAUAGUAAGCAAGACCAUGUAAAGCCCCAAGGUGGAAAGAUGGAAAAGGGUGAAAAAGAAAGUGCGAAGGGAGAGAAGGGGGUAAGAGUAGAAAAAGAAGGGAAGGCAGAAAGUGAAGGUGGAAAAUUUGGAAUACAUGAAAUGUCAAAGGGGGGACACCAAGAAGAUGGGAAUGAAGACAGAAAAAAAGAGAAGAGAGAGGGGGAUAUAAAAGGGGAAAAGAAGAGAGAGGGGGAUAUAAAAGGGGAAAAGAAGAGAGAGGGGGAUAUAAAAGCGGAAAAAAAGAGAGAGGGGGAUGAACAGUGGAAAAGUGGAAAAAAAGAGGGGGAUGAACAGGGUAAAAAGGAAAGGAGAGAGCAGGAUGAAUGGAGAAAGAAAGCAAAGAUAGAGAGCGAUGAACAAAGGAAAAAAGAACCAAAAGAGGGGGGAGAACAGUGGAAGUAUGCAAAGAAGGACUCCGUUCCUCCGCCAGCUCGGCCUCGAUCGAAAGCCAUAUCCCACAGCACGAAAGAGACGAGGUGGGAGGGGCCGGACGCUGACCCCAAAGCUCCGCCCCCUGCCCGACCCAAGAGGUGUGUUUCCCAGAGGGAGCCUCUCUCAAUCUGACCCCCGUAACUAAUGCAGAAUGCAGGCGUGUCCGCUGGUAUUGCCGACCUUACAGGCAUCAGGGUUCAUGUUCAUGUUCAUGGGACAGCUGCAUGUUAAUCCAGUCUUGUAUUCUGAUUGUUUGUGGGCCAACUGUAUAUUAUUCCAUGUUCAUAGAGUGCUGAUUUUUCUCUGGCUCGCAGCCAUUUUGUGGUUGUUUCGGCCAUCGUUGUUCUUUGUUGGCCACAGCUGUACUCAUGCGUUCAACUUUUAAUCAAUAUUCUCCCCUGAAGAACACUACAGAACCAAACUUGUGUAUAGAGGACCAAAUUAUUUUAUAAAUGUAUUUAAUUCUUUUGUGAAAUAUUUUCUUAAUACUAAUUUCCAAAACACUGUAUUUCAUUUUUUAAUGACACUUUUAUUAUAUAUUUUUUUAGGAUAACCAACUAAAACUUUAAGUCAAAUCAAUGAAGAUCAGACAAACUAGCUAGCUUGGUAGCUUGUCUGAUCCUAGCCUUUGUGGUUAUCAUAGACUUUUUGGUUGUAUUUACUGUUUGUCAUUGUAGCUGGUUUGUAAUUAGCAAUAAAGAUAUCUUUUUAAAAAU